UAAUAAAGAGACGUUGGAAUCGGCUCCCGUCAAGCACGAUACAGAUAUCACAGAUGGAGCAAAUGCAGGUGUUGGAGCUGUACGAAGUUCAUUACGCUGAUUUGAUGCUACUCUCCUCAUCUUCAGCUUCGAAUCAUAGCGUUUCUUUAUCUUCACCAGAAGAAGAACUAGCAAGACUGCAAACCAUAAGGACAACUAUCAUUGAAACCCUAGGCCCUAAAGGCCCAGGUCUCCUUUCCAUCGUUGGCGUCCCUAACGCUCUUCUUCUUCGCCGCAACCUCCUCCCUCUUGCUCGCAAGCUCGCUCUUCUCGACCACGAGUGCCGCAAACGCCUUCUCAAGGAACACAACUUGGGGAGUGAUGUUCCUCUAAAGAAUCCUGAUAGGAAUGUGUCUUCUUUUGCAAUGCAACUCAAAUAUGUGGAAGCUCUGAAAUCUGCUCCCAUUAAGCCAAGUCAUGAAGUACGCUUGAAUUUAGAACCAACUCAUCUGGAUGUUGAUGAGGUGAGAAAAUUUCAUGAAGAUGAAUUUAAAAAUCUUGGAGAUUUCUUUAAAGAUUUAGGAUAUUUUAUGAUGGAGCUGGGGCUCCGUCUUGCCCAAAUGUGUGAUGAGUUCAUUGGUGGCCAAGAGUUAGAACGAAGCUUAUUAGAAUCUGGCACUGCGAAAGGGCGCCUUAUACAUUAUCAUUCAAUUCUAGAUAAACUUUUAAUGAGAGAAACUGGGAGAAGGAAGGGACCCACCAAAAAGCAGGCCAAUUCCAAAAAGAACCAAGAACACUGUUUAAGAAGCGAGCAAAAACAAUUACAAGGUUCAAACUUUGUUACAAAUGGCAUUAAGGUUGGAUCACGUGGAAAUGAUAUGGAUUUAUGGCAGCAAUGGCAUUAUGAUUAUGGUAUCUUUACUGUUUUGACAGCACCAAUGUUUCUUCUGCCCUCAUAUUUAUCAGAAAAUAUGGUCACAUAUCAAUCUUCACUAUCAUCUGAUCAAGAAUGCCCUUAUCCCAAUGGCUAUUCAUAUUUGCAAAUCUUUGAUCCCAACAAUAAUAAUGUCCUCAUGGUAAAAACUUCUCCUGAAAGUUUCAUCAUUCAGGUUGGGGAAUCAGCUGAUAUUUUGUCAAAAGGAAAGCUUCGUUCAACCCUACACUGUGUGCGCAGACCAUUGAAGUUUGAAAAUUUAAGCAGAGAAACUUUUGUUGUGUUUCUGCAACCUGCAUGGAGCAAAACCUUCUCAAUCACAGAUUACAAUAUGGAACAUGGUGUGUCAGUUGGUAACUUAUCUGAGGGAAAUGGCAUCAAGCAUGGCUUAAAUGAAUUUACUCAAGAUAUUCAUAAAAUUGUUCCACCACUCUCAUCGCGGUUGAAGGAUGGAAUGACAUUUGCAGAAUUCUCACGUGAAACUACCAAGCAGUAUUAUGGUGGCAAAGGUUUACAAUCCAAUGGAUAGCUCCUGACGAUUUUAUUUCCUGUGGAAUGCAAUUUUG